GCAAACUGAGAGAACCCUCCAGCCAAGAGAAGGAGGAGGAUCAAUCGAAAGUAUGUUUCCGACUCUUCUGAUGAAGAGGUGGUUGAAACCUUGCACGACUCGCCCAUCCCUCCAAGAAAUGCUGCUGGCCUUCUGAAUUUCACCUCCGAUGCAGGCCAUACAAUGGUAAUGCAAACCCCUGAACUGCGAAGACCACGGGCCACCCAGAGACCAUCCAACCGAGAAAGGACCCAGUCCCCGCUUCAGGAAAGACCAACGGCUGUUAGUCUGCUCCAGGAAAGACCACCGGCUGUAAGUCAUCUUGUUCGACAGGGGUUGAACAAAUCUUCGUUUGAUGCCACACAGCGCCUUCUCAUCACUCUGUUGACUGAAAUCAAGAGUGACUUGGCAGAAUUAAAGAAGAAGGCUGAUCACCACAGCCAGUUGUUGGCAAAACUUCAAGAGGCUAGGGCUACUGAAAAUGACUUCGAACUGCCAGACGGUUUAGACUUCCCUCUAAAGUCUCUGGAAGAUGUUGACGUGUUGGAAAACCUUCUGGAGACUGACCCAAACUUGCACAAGCACUUGUACACUGAUUUUACAAUUAGGCUGUGAUGCCUUUCAAUUGCUGUAUAAUAUAUCAGCAGAAAACUGGGCAGUGGAAUGAAUUUUGCUGAACAAGCCAACCGUGUACAUGUACAUGUUGCAUUAUGAAAGGUCAACAUUAAUUAGUUUGAUAUAUUUUGCCUGAUUGUCAAAAUUACAUAUUUAGCCAUUUGUUGUCGAUUUUCUUUAAUGAAUUUGGUUAUUCAUAACAUCAUGUGCUACAUUAAAUAUCUGUUUUCAUUUAUUUCAAAUAGAAGCUAUCCGGAGAAACAGACCAACCUGCAAGGCGUCUGAUGCCGAAAUACAGCGGGAGGUUGCCCAUUUUUUUAAGGGCUCUGCAGAUAGAUGUGGUGGUAGAAAGGAGCGACUAAACCGUGCUGCUGCUGCUGCAGCUGCUGAAGCUGCUGAUGCCAUCGCUGAUAACAAUGGUGUUGAGCAGCAAUAAACAGUGUGACCCCUGUCUGACCCCACAUUGUUUGCUUUGGUUAAUAAAUAAUAUUAAUAUUAAAGAUGUUCAAAGGCGUGUUAAAGUCCUGCGUGCUGUGUUAAAGAGUAGUAGGUUUGGUUUUAAUUGUGUUUUUUUGGUUAACCUUGCCAAGUACAAUAUUUGCCACAGUUUUGCUUUUCUCAUUGUGUAGUCAAACAAUUUUGAAAACACUCGGGGUUUUACCAUUUAAGUAAUGAAAUAUCAUGGAUGUUUUGUGCUACUAUUGUGCUACUAUUUAAAAAGUUGUCUUCACAUUAUUUAUUCUACACAAAAUUUGUUUUAAAGUAUUUGAUAAACUUACUAAUUUAUUUCGUUUGUUUUAGUUGGCCUAUUACAUAAAAAUACAGACAAGAUAAAUAUUUGCUAGUAUUUCAGCCACGGUUUUGCUGUACUGAUUGUUCUUACUUUAAUAACCUUGUGGUAUUACAUGUAUUUAAUUAACUUUUUUCACCUCAUUUAUUGUACAAAAAUAAUGUUUCAAUUAUUGACGAUGCUAGUUAUUGAUUAAGGUUGUGAAGUCCAGAACAAAAAUACAAAAUACUUGUUUUUUUAUUAGUGACAAUACUGAUGAUUUUGCUCUGUUCUCGUAGAACAAAAAUUGCCAACACUUUUAUUUGCCAGAUGUAAGCCACUGUUUAGAUGUACUCAUUGUGCAGUACAACCUUAAAGAAAAUACUCAGGGUUUUGCUAUAAUAAUUAAGUAAUACAAUGUAUUCAUUGUACAAAAGACUUGUUUUGUAUUAGUGGCAAUAACAAGAGUCAUGUAACUCAUGUACAGAACAUUGCCAGUUUUGCCAACUUUAGCUUCAUUUGUUUCAAAAUAAAGUGUACCAUGUUAAUUGGUGCAAUUUAACCUAUACAUUUCAGCCUGUGUGUACAUGUACAUGUUUAAUAAUUGUUCAA